UAGGCACUCACCUCCUACUUCUGCCUCGAUCGUUGAUUGAUUGAUAACUAACCCUACAUGAAAAUGGAAAUGCGCAUGGAAAUAUGGUCUUCACCUUCUACUUGGCCUUCCCAACUCCGAUUUCUCAUCAUCCUCCUCAUCCUUCUGUUGUCUCCUUCAGCUUCUCAGGCGGGAGAGUAUAAAUCGAAUGAAAAAGAGGAGAAACUAACCCUAGAUGCAGUGGAGAGAGGGAUCGGUUUCACCCGCUUCAACAGCCAUUGGGAAGCUUUCAGCUCUUGGGCUAAGCUCACAUGGAUGACCCUCCGUCCUCCCGAAUCUUCGGGAAAAUCGGGAACAGGAGAGAAGAUGAAGGCAGCGUCGAAGAAGAGCUUUAAGACGAGCAAGGAUACGGUGGAGAUGUCUGCGGCGGCGGCGGCAAAAGCGGCAGAGAAAGCGGUGGGGAUGACGAAGGAUAAGAUAAAGAAGGCUGUUUUUAAAUCUAAGGGAGGCGGAGGACAGGAUGCAGAACUCUGAUUCCAAUUCCGGGAUCAAUCCCAUUAUUUUGGUUUCAAGGAUGCAAUUUCCUCUUCUUCUUUUUUUUUUUAAUUUUUAUUUUAGUUUGGAAUUAAAAUUUUGUAAUAAUUUUGUCACACUACUUGCUCAGUAUUUCGAUUUACGUUUUGUAUGCAAUUCUGUCGGGACUGGCUACAGCUUU